AUGUCCACUAAAGAGUCGGUUGAGGUGAAGCCUAACAAUCAUGUUUUGCAGGAAGACCAGCAAAAAGAUGUGCCCCUGCUUGGACAUGAAGAAGAAAAUGAAAUACCGAAAAUCGUACUUCCAGCGGAUUUCAGGAAAUGCUCAAGAACCGAUCUCGUCAUUCUGAUAUCUCGCAUGCUUUCAUUUCUCAUACAUAUAAAUGAUUCUAUGCCAAAAGGUGAAACGAAAGAGCUGACCAGAUUCCACUCGAGAGUGCCUCCAGAUAUCUCUGUGUUCAAUUAUUUGAUGCGGCUAACCAAGUACUCGUCCCUAGAGCCUGCGGUUUUAAUAUCGUCUGUCUACUACAUCGACCUGCUGUCGUCUGUGUACUCAGCAUUUACGCUGAACUCUCUCACUGUGCAUCGUUUUCUGCUCACUGCAACAAGUGUAGGAAGCAAAGGGCUAUGUGAUUCAUUUUGUACCAACACACAUUAUGCGAAAGUCGGUGGGGUACAAUGCAGCGAACUGCAUGUAUUGGAAAACGAGUUUUUGAAGCGGGUGAACUACCGGAUACUUCCGCGAGAUGACAAUAUUACCAACUGUAAAAUGGAAAAGCAAUGCGGAACAUUCGUAACAAAUACGCCUCCCGAGGUUUACAAAACUGCUAACAAUGGAUUCAAUGUUUUAAACACUUACUAUCGAAAGAUUAUAGAAAUAGUUGGUUCAUUUCAUUCUUCCCCAGAUAAGACGAAAAAGGUUCAUUAUAGCUUAUCACCUUCAUCAUCGCAUGAGGCUCCAAGGGAAACAUCUAAAAAGCGACAUUUUGACGAGACUAAUAAUCCUAGUAAUGCUCACUCACCAAGCCUAAAAAAGCCCGCUUAA